AUGCAAUUUGUGCCGAUAUUUUUUUUCCUGGGCGUUGCUGUUUAUGCGCAAAAAAUUGAUAAAUCUGAUUCCGUGACGGAUUUGAUUACAUCCGCUGGUUAUCCUGCAGAAUUACAUAAUGUUGUCACUGAUGAUGGAUACAUCUUAUCAAUGCACAGGAUACCAAAUCCAGGAAAAAAGCCAAUUGUUUUAAUGCAUGGACUUUUGGCAACUUCUGCUGCAUUUGUUACAAUUGGCCCGAAAAAAUCUUUGGGUUUUAUGUUAUACAACGAUGGAUAUGAUGUAUGGAUGCCAAAUGCAAGAGGAACCACCUUAUCCAGAGCUCACCAAAAAUUAGAUCCUGACAGAAAUCCUAAAUUUUGGAACUUCAGUUGGCACGAAAUAGGAAUCCUAGACCUCCCAGCAUCCAUCGACUACGUCCUAAAUGCCACCGAAAACGUUUCGUUACGUUUCAUUGGCCAUUCCCAGGGCACGACUGUCUUUUUCGUUUUGUUGGCCGAAAAACCAGAAUACAACAAAAAAAUCAUCACAGCCCAUUUGAUGGCACCAGCUGCAUACGUCUGGAACGUACGAAGUCCUUUGAUCAGGACAUUGGAGAUAUUUAAUACACCUUUACAGCGAAAUGCUGUAGAAGUUGGUGUCCAGGAAUUUUAUCCAGGUGGUGCAAGAAUUUCGUCCUUGUGGAAACGUUCUUGCCAAAAUAUCAAUCAGCCUUUGUACAGGAUGUUCUGUACCAGAGUUAUUUACCUUCUGGGAGGUGCCAAUGCAAAACAAUUUAAUUUUGAGUACAUCAGGGUGAUUCAAAAAAGUUUUCCAGGAGGCUCUUCGGCCAAGCAGUUUGAUCAUUUUAUACAAUUAGUAUCAUCAAGACGAUUUAGUAAAUUCAAUUACGGUCCCCAAAAAAAUCUGCAAAUCUACAAAACCCCUGAAGCCCCUGAAUAUGAUUUCAGAAACAUCACAGCUAAAAUAUUCAUAUAUUAUGGAGACAACGAUUAUUUGAUAACUCCAAAGGAUGUCCAUCAAACUGCCAGUAAGAUUAAGAAUUUACAAGGAAUGUACAGAGUACAGGAUCGUGAUUUUUCACACAUGGACUUUUUGUGGGCGAAUGAUUGCGAUAAAUUACUAUAUACAAAAGUUAUGAAAGACCUCGAAUUAGGAAAAAAUUAA